AUCGAUCGAUCCCUCACUCCCUCCACCCCUAUAUCUACCACGCCUUCCCGGCGGCAAGCAUCCAAGUGUCCUGUUCCACAGCUCGUGCAACUCAUACCUUCCGCAGCGGGGCUUGUUUACACAGGGAGACGCAGGCACCGAUCGAUGCUGCUCAUGGACUCGGCGCGGCGCGCCGGCUGCUCCCCGGUCUGCUUGGACCUCAGCGUCGGCCUCUCGCCGUCGCCGCCCAAGAUGGGCGCGGAAAUGGCAGCCGAGCCUGAACGACCCGACCCCCACGCCGGCGGCUGCAGGAUGGCGUCGUCCAUGACCGACGAGCAGGCCAAGACCCUGGAGGCCAGGUUCACCCAGGUCAGCGAGGAGAACCGGCGGCUGAGCGAGAUGAUCGCCUACCUCUACGCCAGCCCGUUCGCCAGGCCGAGUCCCCCCGACGGCUCGGACUCGACGCGCGCCUCGCAAGCCGCGUCGCCGCCAACGCCGCCGGCGGUGAGCAGGAAGAGGAGCAGGGGCAGCCUGGAGCCGCCCUCGAAUUCGGGCGACGCCAACAACGGCAGCGGCAACGCCGAGGCCGCGCACGCCGACGAGAGCCCCCUGAGCGACGGCUUCGAGGGCUCGUGCAGGCGGAUCAAGGUCAGAAGGGUCUGCACCCGGAUCGACCCCUCGGACACCACGCUCACCGUCAAGGACGGGUACCAGUGGCGGAAGUACGGCCAGAAGGUGACGCGCGACAACCCGUCCCCGAGAGCCUACUUCCGCUGCGCCUUCGCGCCCUCCUGCCCCGUCAAGAAGAAGGUGCAGAGGAGCGCGGAGGACAGCUCGAUGCUGGUUGCCACGUACGAGGGCGAGCACAACCACCCGUGCCCGACGCGCGCCGCCGAGCUCCCCGGCAGCGCGGCGACGCGGACCGGGUCCGUGCCGUGCUCCAUCUCCAUCAACGCCUCCGGCCCGACCAUCACGCUGGACCUCACCAAGAACGGGGCGGGCGGCGUGCGGGUGCUGGAGGCCGCCGAGUCGCCGGACGUCAAGAAGCUGUGCCAGGAGAUCGCGUCGACGGAGUUCCGGACGGCGCUGGUGGAGGAGAUGGCGAGCUCGCUGACCAGGGAUUCCAAGUUCACCGACGCGCUCGCCGCCGCGAUCCUCAAGCAACUGCCGGAUUACUAGAGUCCAGUGUCCGAGUGUCGUAGUUCAGAGAGUUCCAGUCUGCAACAGUUUUUCUUCAGACAAAAGCCUGGUACGGAUAGUGUACGGCUAUUGAGAUUAGGGAAUAAUCUCCUCAAGUUUACAUGCACAAUCAGAAGUUUCUUUGUUCUGUUUCAGGAUCCAAACUAUCAAUAAUAUUGUACAUUUCACAAGUCCA